AAAAUGCCUCCUCUCAUUGCCAGUCUAAAUCCCUAAAACCCUACCCUCCCGCUGCUCUCCCCGAAACUCUUCUCCCUUCUCUGUAAAAGGUGAGGAAACCGAGUGGGAAGACGAAGAUGCCGCUAGGAGAGAGGGGAGACAAAAGCGAUUCGCGGUACAGCGGAGUGGAGACGGAGUUCAACGAUGAUAUGCCCCAGAUUCUCUCUUUUAACAUCGAUGGUGGCUUCGAUUUCGUCGUCUCUCCCUUGAUAGAUCCUUCUUAUCGGCCUAGCUUAUCGGACAGUUACAACAAUGGUCAUGUGAUACCACCAUUUGCUGGGUCAGACUUAGUUGUAAGCCCUUCACAGUGGAGUAGUCGUGUAGUUGGAAAAAUUAGCUCAUGGAUUGACCUGGAUUCAGAAGAUCAGAUACUUCAGAAAGAUUCUGAAAUUGCACUAAAGCAAGAAAUUGCUUGGGCAUCUCAUCUCUCUCUGCAGGCGUGUCUUCUUCCUACUCCUAAAGGUUCAUCCUGUGCUAAUUAUGCUAGAUGUGUGAAUCAGAUUCUACAGAAUCUUAACAAUAUGCAGCUGUGGCUUAGAAUUCCACUGGAGAAGUGUGAUGAUGAUGCUACAAAUGGGGUCUCCGAUCAUUCUAAUAGAGGACAGAUUGAUUCAUGGGAAACAUGGAAUCACUUCCGCCUUCUAUGUGAACAUCACAAUCAGCUGUCAAUUGGGCUUGAUGUUUUGUGCUCACUGCCUUCAGCAAAUUCACUUGGACGUUGGUUUGGAGAGCCUGUUAGAGCAGCGAUAAUUCAUACAAAUUCUUUCCUAACAAAUACUCGUGGAUAUCCAUGUUUGUCAAAGCGCCACCAAAAACUCAUGACUAGGUUUUUCAAUCACUCAAUACAGAUUGUAGUUUCAGGGGCACCAGUGCAUAACCUUCCCACUGGAGUUUUGGAGUUGGAUGCUAAUCAUACUGAUAAUCAUAUUGACAGUAUUCAGAGACAUCCCCUAAGAGCAUAUUUGGACUAUGUUGCUUAUCUAUAUUAUAAAAUGGAGCCCCUUCCUGACCAAGAACGUUUUGAGCUUGGUUACAGGGAUUUCUUGCAGUCUCCUUUGCAACCCCUCAUGGAUAACCUAGAAGCCCAAACAUAUGAAACAUUUGAGAAGGAUACAGUCAAAUAUCUCCAGUACCAAAGAGCAAUCUCUAAAGCUUUGUUGGAUAGAAUUUCGGAUGAGGAUGCAUCGAAAAUAACCACUGUAUUGAUGGUUGUGGGCGCUGGACGGGGACCUCUUGUUAGAGCAUCAUUACAGGCGGCUGAAGAGACUGGACGGAAGUUGAGAGUUUAUGCUGUAGAAAAGAAUCCUAAUGCAAUCGUUACACUUCAUAGCUUGGUAAAAAUGGAGGGCUGGGAAAACAUUGUUACCAUAGUCUCUAGUGACAUGCGUUGUUGGGAUGCUCCUGAGAAAGCCGACAUUUUGGUUAGUGAGUUGUUGGGAUCUUUUGGUGACAAUGAGCUGUCACCUGAGUGUCUUGAUGGAGCUCAGAGAUUUCUGAAGCAGGACGGAAUAUCAGUGCCAUCAUCGUACACAAGUUUUAUCCAACCAGUGACAACAUCAAAAUUGUACAAUGAUGUUAAGUCAUAUAAAGAUCUUGUGCAUUUUGAAACUGCUUAUGUUGUCAAACUACACCAUGUUGCAAGGCUCGCUCCCACCCAACCAGUUUUCACAUUUACACAUCCAGAUAAUUCAACCACAAAGUGCAAUCAGCGGUAUAAAAAGAUUCAGUUUGAGAUACCCCAUGACACUGGAGCGGUCAUGGUUCAUGGUUUUGCUGGUUAUUUUGAUUCAAUGCUUUAUAAAGAUGUCCAUCUUGGUAUCGAGCCAUCAACAGCAACGCCAAACAUGUUCAGCUGGUUUCCAAUCUUUUUUCCAUUAAGGACUCCAGUGUGCGUACAACCAGGUGCUCCUUUAGAAGUUCACUUCUGGCGUCGUUGUGGUUCCUCUAAGUUGUCGUCUGACAACAGUUGUGUUGAUGCCUAAUGCAACACACAGGUUUGGUAUGAAUGGUGCGUGACUAAGCCCACUGCAUCGCCAGUGCACAACAGCAAUGGCCGUUCGUAUUGGGUUGGUCUCUAGUACCAUCGGUUAAAGGCAGAAGCGCAGGUGAAGAGUCUAGCUUCGAUGCACAAGAAGAAAGCUGUAAGGUUACAAUCUUCCAUUUUUGUAUCAUAACAACAUAGUCGUCGGGAAAUCCGACAUAAAGAUUUUCUGCUAAUAUUUGAGCAGUUUAAUUCCCUUGCGUUGUAAAAUGAACUUUUGAACUUCACCCUGGCAAGUCCAAGAUUGUCAUUUAGAUGAUUUCUUUAGGAAAAUAGAAAAUAUGGUGUACCGUGCCGCUAGAUCUCAUACACCGAAUUUGAAGCAGGUUUCGUUAGUUUUGUUAUAUGCUUAUGCAUGUUGUUUUGUAAAA